CUCAAUCCAUUGCCCUCUGAGACUCUGAAAGUCUUAAGCUUUGCCUUGCUCACUCAAAUCUUUGCUUCUUCCUAUGCUAGCACACCCCAUGCUCUUGUUGCCCUUGUAGCAUUGGCUCCAGCUUCCUCCUCCAUGGAUCCACGCUAAAUGCAUUGCAGGGUUGCAAAUUGGUAGCAUUUCAUCCCUGUUGCAUCUGCUGCAACAUGUAAGCAGGGUCCUCAUUUGACACCCAGGGUUGGACAUCUGAAUACAGCUCUCAGAUCUUUGGUUUGUCUGAGAAAAAAAAAAGGAAGCACUUUGGGGUCCAAGAAAUGGAGGAGAGCUUCGUGCCCCUCCGGGGCAUCAAGAACGACCUCCAUGGGAGGCUCCAGUGCUACAGGCAGGAUUGGACCGGAGGGUUCCGUGCCGGUAUCAGGAUCCUUGCGCCGACCACUUACAUAUUCUUCGCUUCGGCCAUACCGGUGAUAUCGUUCGGAGAGCAAUUGGAGAGGAACACUGAUGGAGUUCUGACAGCAGUGCAGACAUUGGCAUCCACAGCCCUGUGUGGCAUAAUCCACUCCUUUCUUGGAGGGCAGCCCCUGCUGAUCCUCGGAGUCGCCGAGCCGACGGUGCUCAUGUACACAUUCAUGUUCAACUUUGCCAAGGACAGGCCUGACCUUGGCCGGGGGCUGUUCCUUGCUUGGACCGGCUGGGUGUGUGUCUGGACUGCAAUCUUGCUGUUCUUGUUGGCGAUACUCGGCGCGGCCUCAAUCAUCAACCGGUUCACCCGCAUCGCGGGCGAGCUGUUUGGGCUCCUGAUUGCAAUGCUCUUCAUGCAGCAGGCUAUCAAGGGGCUUGUUGAUGAGUUCCGCAUCCCUGAGAGGGAGAACAGAAAGGCACUAGAGUUUAUUCCGUCUUGGAGAUUCGCCAAUGGAAUGUUUGCUAUUGUCUUGUCGUUUGGCCUUCUACUUACUGCACUGCGGAGCAGAAAGGCUCGAUCAUGGCGCUAUGGGACAGGUUGGCUUCGUGGCUUCAUCGCGGACUACGGUGUCCCACUGAUGGUGCUAGUAUGGACAGGAGUUUCCUACAUACCAUAUAGUAGUGUUCCAAAAGGAAUUCCGCGGCGCCUUUUCAGCCCUAACCCAUGGUCCCCUGGUGCAUAUGAUAAUUGGACAGUCAUUAAGGACAUGCCAAAUGUACCACUCCUCUACAUCCUUGGUGCUUUCAUACCAGCAACGAUGAUAGCUGUCCUGUACUACUUUGAUCACAGUGUCGCUUCUCAGCUUGCUCAGCAGAAGGAGUUCAAUUUGAGGAAGCCCCCAUCUUUUCAUUACGACUUGCUUCUCCUGGGCUUCCUGACAUUACUGUGUGGCCUUAUUGGUAUCCCUCCGGCGAAUGGUGUCAUUCCGCAGUCUCCAAUGCACACGAAGAGCUUGGCUACUCUCAAACAUCAACUACUCCGCAACCAACUAGUAGCCACAGCCCGACAAAGCAUGCGCCAGAAUGUGAGCUUGAGCCAACUUUAUGGCAGCAUGCAGGAAGCUUACCAGCAGAUGCAGACACCACUGAUCUACCAGCAACAGUCAGUCAAGGGUUUAAAUGAGCUCAAGGACUCAACAGUCCAAAUGGCUUCAAGCAUGGGCAACAUUGAUGCGCCAAUUGAUGAGACGAUCUUUGACAUAGAGAAAGAAAUCGAUGACCUGCUGCCUAUUGAGGUCAAGGAGCAAAGGUUGAGCAACUUGCUCCAGGCCAUGAUGGUUGGGGGUUGUGUCGCUGCUAUGCCAUUGCUCAAAAAGAUCCCAACUUCUGUCCUAUGGGGCUACUUUGCCUUCAUGGCCAUUGAGAGUUUGCCUGGAAACCAAUUCUGGGAGAGGAUAUUGCUGCUCUUCACUGCUCCCAGCAGAAGAUACAAGGUGUUAGAAGAGUACCACACAACGUUUGUCGAGACUGUGCCAUUCAAGACGAUAGCCAUGUUCACACUCUUCCAGACAACAUAUCUACUCGUCUGCUUUGGGAUCACAUGGAUCCCGAUUGCCGGGGUUCUUUUCCCCCUCAUGAUCAUGCUGCUGGUUCCAGUCAGGCAGUACAUCCUCCCAAAGCUCUUCAAAGGUGCACAUCUGACUGAUCUGGAUGCAGCAGAGUACGAAGAGUCACCAGCCAUACCAUUCAUUGCCGCGCAAGAUAUCGAUGUUGCAUUGGCACGCACCCAGAGUGCAGAAGUCCUUGACAACAUUGUCACUAGAAGCCGCGGUGAAAUCAAGCGCCUGAACAGUCCUAAGAUCACCAGCUCAGGUGGCACACCAGUGUCAGAACUUAAAGGCAUCCGCAGCCCUUGUAUCUCUGAGAACACAUAUAGCCCUCGGAUCACCGAGUUGAGGCAUGACCGCAGCCCUCUAGGGGGAAGAAGCAGCCCAAGGACUGGCGAAACUCGACCAUCGAAGUUGGGUGAAGGCUCAACACCAAAGUGAAGCAAUGAUGUUACAUUGCUCAUAUAAGCUAUGCAACUACUUGAAAUCAGCUGCUAUACUAAUGAUUUCAGUAUAACUAUGGCCUAUGGCUAUAUGAGAUGUCUUGUGAGCAAGUAUCAAGUAUGAGAGUCUAUGAGAAUGUUUAUGUAUAUCUCUAGCAUUAGCAUAUCAGCCUUCCCCUUUUUUCCAUGUGUUUCCUGAUUUAAGGGAGCACCAUAUGUGUAAUCUCUGAACGACCAGAAUAUUAGAGUGACUACUUGGAAAUCUUUGGAGUUUCAUUUGCUACA